AUGUCUCGAAAAAAAGCUACCGAAGAGACCGACAAACUUACUCGUAUUGCCAUUGUAAAUGCUGAUCGUUGUAAACCCAAAAGAUGUAGACAAGAAUGUAAAAAAAGCUGUCCUGUCGUGCGUAUGGGAAAGCUGUGUAUUGAAGUGACUCCUAAUGAUAAAAUAUGCACCAUAUCUGAAGAACUGUGCAUAGGUUGUGGUAUCUGUGUCAAGAAAUGUCCCUUUGAUGCUAUUACUAUAAUUAAUAUUCCAUCAAAUUUGGAGAAGCAUACUACUCACCGUUACUCUAAGAACUCUUUCAAGUUACAUCGACUUCCUAUCCCUCGUCCUGGGGAAGUUCUGGGGCUUGUUGGUCAAAACGGUAUUGGAAAGUCAACUGCUCUGAAGAUCCUUGCCGGGAAACAAAAGCCCAAUUUGGGUAGAUAUGUUGACCCCCCAGACUGGCAGGAGAUUUUAUCGCAUUUCCGUGGAUCUGAGUUACAAAACUACUUUACUAAGAUCCUAGAAGAUGAUUUGAAGGCCCUCAUCAAACCACAAUAUGUGGAUCAAAUCCCAAAGGCAGUAAAAGGAACUGUAGGAGCCCUAUUGGAUAAGAAAGAUGAAAGGAAAAACCAGAAAGUAAUAUGUGACAUGCUGGAUUUGUCACACAUUCGUGACCGUGAAAUUGCUGCUCUGUCGGGAGGGGAGCUUCAGAGAUUUGCUUGUGCUAUGGUGUGCAUACAAAAUGGGGACAUUUUCAUGUUUGAUGAGCCCUCCUCCUACUUGGAUGUUAAGCAACGGUUGAAUGCUGCCCGCACUAUUCGAUCUCUUAUACAUCCUGAUAAAUUUAUCAUAGUUGUGGAGCAUGACUUGUCUGUGUUAGAUUAUUUGUCUGAUUUCAUCUGUUGUUUGUAUGGAGUGCCUGGUGCUUAUGGUGUAGUUACUAUGCCAUUUUCAGUGAGAGAAGGUAUAAAUAUUUUCCUGGAUGGAUUUGUGCCCACUGAAAACAUGAGAUUCAGAACUGAAUCUCUUGUAUUUAAAGUAGCUGAGUCAGCUACAGAGGAAGAGAUCAAAAGAAUGAAUCAUUAUGAAUACCCAGAAAUGACAAAAUCUAUGGGGGCUUUCCACCUUAGUGUGACGCAAGGUGAAUUCUCAGAUUCCGAAAUCUUAGUGCUACUUGGGGAGAAUGGUACUGGAAAAACUACGUUCAUUAGAAUGUUAGCUGGAAACCUAGAACCGGAUGAAGGUCCAAAUCAGUUACCACAAUUGCACAUAAGCUAUAAACCUCAGAAGAUUUCUCCUAAAUCACAGGGCCAAGUACGAAACCUGCUCCAUGAUAAAAUACGAGAUGCUUACACACAUCCACAGUUCAUAACUGAUGUAAUGAAACCUAUGAAAAUUGAAGAAAUUAUGGAUCAAGAAGUCCAGAACCUCUCUGGUGGUGAGUUGCAGCGUGUUGCUCUGGUGUUGUGUCUUGGGAAACCUGCCGAAGUAUACCUUAUUGACGAACCAUCUGCCUACCUUGACUCUGAGCAGCGUCUAGUCGCAGCUAAAGUUAUUAAGAGAUUUAUCCUACAUGCUAAGCGUACUGGUUUCAUAGUAGAGCACGACUUUAUUAUGGCUACAUAUCUAGCAGACAGAGUCAUAGUAUUUGAAGGAGUACCUUCUGAACAUGCAACAGCCAACGCACCUCAAUCAUUAUUGAAUGGAAUGAACAGAUUCUUAGAAUUACUUGGUAUUACAUUCAGAAGAGACCCUAAUAACUUUAGACCAAGGAUUAAUAAACAUUCUUCAGUUAAGGAUAUUGAACAAAAGCGAGCCGGUCAAUAUUUCUUCUUGGAAGACUAA